GUGGCCGCACGCGCUGGCCACGCCCCCACCUUGAGCCCAACCCGGAAGCGGCGGCGGCGCCCCUGGGGAAGAUGGCGCCCUCGGGGCUGAAGGCGGUGGUGGGAGAGAAGAUUCUGAGUGGGGUCAUCCGGAGCGUCAAAAAAGACGGAGAAUGGAAGGUGUUGAUCAUGGACCAUCCCAGCAUGCGGAUCCUCUCCUCCUGCUGCAAGAUGUCGGACAUCCUGGCCGAGGGCAUCACUAUUGUCGAGGACAUUAACAAGCGCCGGGAACCCAUCCCCAGCCUGGAAGCCAUAUAUCUGCUAAGUCCUACGGAGAAGUCCGUGCAGGCGCUGAUCGCAGAUUUCCGGGGGACCCCGACUUACACUUACAAAGCAGCCCAUGUCUUCUUCACGGACACCUGCCCCGAACCUCUGUUCAGCGAGCUGGGUCGCUCUCGUUUGGCCAAAGUCAUCAAAACCUUGAAAGAGAUUCAUCUCGCCUUCCUCCCCUACGAGGCCCAGGUGUUCUCCCUGGACGCCCCCCACAGCACCUACAACCUCUACUGCCCCUUCCGGGCGGAGGAUAGGUCGCGACAGCUCGAGGUCCUGGCCCAGCAGAUCGCCACCCUCUGCGCCACCCUGCAGGAGUACCCCGCCAUCCGCUACCACAAGGGCGCGGAAGACACGGCCCAGCUGGCCCACGCCGUGCUGGCCAAACUGAACGCCUUCAAGGCAGACACCCCCAGUCUGGGCGAGGGUCCGGAAAAAACUCGCUCACAGCUGCUCAUCAUGGACCGGGCAGCCGACCCCGUAUCCCCGCUUCUGCACGAACUCACCUUCCAAGCCAUGGCUUACGACCUUCUGGGCAUCGAGCAGGACACAUAUAAGUACGAAACCACAGGGUUGAGCGAGUCCCGGGAGAAGGCGGUUCUUCUGGACGAAGACGAUGAGUUGUGGAUGGAACUGCGACAUAUGCACAUUGCCGAUGUGUCCAAGAAGGUCACGGACCUUCUGAAGACCUUCUGUGAGAGCAAGCGGCUGACCACCGACAAGGCCAACAUCAAAGACCUGUCCCACAUCUUGAAAAAGAUGCCACAGUACCAAAAGGAAUUGAACAAAUAUUCCACGCACCUGCACUUAGCAGAUGACUGCAUGAAGCGUUUCAAGGGCACUGUGGAGAAGCUGUGCGGAGUGGAGCAGGACCUGGCCAUGGGCUCUGACGCUGAGGGCGAGAAGCUCAAAGACGCCAUGAAGCUGAUAGUCCCAGUUCUCCUGGACGCUGCUGUGCCCGCCUACGACAAGAUCCGGGUCCUUCUGCUUUACAUCCUGCUACGGAACGGUGUGAGCGAGGAGAACCUGGCCAAACUCAUCCAACACGCCAACGUGCAGGCCCACAGCGGCCUCGUCCGCAACCUGGAACUCUUGGGGGGCACCGUGACCAACCUCGGGGGCUCCGGGACCUCGAGCCGGCUGGAAAGGAGGCAGCGGACAGAACCCACGUAUCAGUUGUCCCGCUGGACCCCACUCAUCAAGGACGUGAUAGAGGAUGCCACAGACGACCGUCUGGAUCGCAGACAGUGGCCUUUUGUGUCUGACCCGGCCCCCUCAUCCAGCUCCCAGGCGGCUGUCAGCGCCCGCUUUGGCCACUGGCACAAGAACAAGGCGGGAAUAGAGACGCGGGCGGGGCCGCGGCUUAUUGUCUUCAUCCUGGGGGGUGUCGCCAUGUCUGAGAUGCGGGCGGCCUACGAGGUCACCAGGGCCACCGAGGGCAAGUGGGAGGUGCUGAUCGGGUCUUCACACAUCCUCACCCCCAACCGCUUCUUGGACGACCUCAAGACCUUGGAUCAGAAACUGGAGAACAUAGCCCUGCCCUGAACCCCCAAGCCCCCAAAGGCCUCUCCUCUACCGGCAACCCCUCCCCCCCUCUUUCCCAGAAUAAUAAACGCUCCCCUUUCUCUCUG